AUGCCCCCAGUCCAAAACAUGACCUUCAGCUUGGUCUCUGCAUCCAUUGGUCCAUCAACACCGCCGCCAGCGGCACUGUUGUGCGGGGCUGUCACUGUGCCAUUGGUGGUCGGCUUGCUAGCGGGCAGCGUCGACCCGAACUUGCCGACCCGAGACGGCCGGACGCCGCUGCACCUAGCUGCUGUCGCGGGGCAGAAAGCGCCGGUGUUGAGCUUGCUAGAGCACGGUACCACCAUCGACGCACGGGACGCAACGGAUGAGUCGCCACGUGUCGAGGCCUCUUGCAGAGGCAGGCAAGCUAUCGUGGAGACCCUGCUCUCCAAGGGGGCCGCCGCCAACCUCCGAGGAACCGUUCCGCUACGCUAG